UUACUACGUAAUAAGAACAGCCUUUUGAUAUGUGAUUAAAUUCCUCAAUAGUACUGUGAAGGACUGGUAUUUAAUUUGGACAAACUAAUAUAGAUAGAUCAUUACAAGAGUUGAAGAUCGAAGAAAACGAAGGGAAAUGGGGGGAGAGAGUGCGGCAUGCUUUGUACCAUUCAAUGAUAGGAACUUGGAUCUGAGCUUCUUCAUAUUGAGGCCAACCAUAGUAAUGGUGGAUCAUCUCCUCGCCGCUCUCAAACAAUUCUCCUCCUCCGCUCACUCUCUUGGUUGCAUUCACAGCUCUGUUUUUAAGAGCAUCCAUGGCAGUCUGAUUGUAUGGUAUGGAGCAUGGGUAAAGAGACCGUAUAACAAUGGUAGAGAAUUACUAAAUGCUUCUCUUGUAAGUUUGUCCUCUCAUCUAUUCACAUUUGAUCCUUAUGUAUGAUUUGAAAACCUCACUUAUGAUAAGUUUUUAUUUUUAUUUUAUGACAUGUAAAUAGUAUUAUAUAUGUUCCAAUGAAAAUUGCACAUUUUGAAUUAGGUUAGAAUUAAAGAAAAAGUAAAAUUGUAUGGUUGUGAUUUGUGUAAAGGAAAGAGAAAUGAGCAGAAUAAAAAAUUAAUUACUUCAAUGGAAAAAUGACAAAUUUUUUUUAUACAGUCAAAAAUGAAAAGUUUACAAAGUCCAGUAGAAGGGGAGAGUACUAAAACAUCCAAAAAUAAAUUUACAAUGUGAACAAAAUAAUCACUAAAAGUGACUAAGCUAAUAACUAGGCUAAAUUAAUUAGACCCAACUAUAUAGUUCUCAUAACAAAAUCUAACAAUUAGCAUGGGACCGGCCAUGGCCCGAUAUUCCACAAUCUAUCGCCCCAAUCCAAAAAUAGUACUCCCUCCAUCCUAAAUCUACUUCCAACUUUCCUUUUCCGUCCGUCCCAAAAAGAACUUCACUUUCCCUUUUUGGCAAAGAAUUUGUGGUUAACAGCAUUUCUCUCUCCUCUGCACAACUCUCCACCACACAAUUCUCACUUUCUUAAUCACCGUGCCACUUUAAUUUGGAAGAACAAUCAGGGACGGAGGCAGUAAAAGCAACAUACUGCCCAAAAACAUCACAACGAAACAUUGAUAGUGAUAAUAACGGCCCAGCCCAAUAUAAACAAAAUUAAACAAAAAAAACUCAUAGGCCCAGUUGCCGACAAACCAAAGCUAUGGCCCAGAACUUAUGAAGGAUCGUAAAUUACACUGAAUGUAUGAUAUGCAUAGUACAUUUUAGGGGUGGACACAUGGGUGUAGCUAGGGGAGGGUCAGCCUUGGCCCAACCCAAAUGUAAAAAUGUCUAUAACUUUAGUGUAAAAAAUUUUCAAAUAUAUUCUUCGUACUGGUCCAAUCCGGCCCAGUGCCCUGGAUCUGCCCCGGGUGGACAUAUUAAUUUGGUUUAACCUAAUUAUACCAAAACGAUGUAAAUCGAACCAAAAUUGGACCAUAUGCAAUUCAGUAUGAGUUUGAUAGUAUUUCUUCAAAAUUGUAUUAAACCAAACCAGAACUGAUAAAAAUAGAACAAAACCAAACGGAACUAAGUUAAUUCAAUAAAACCUUCAUAUAUUAUUAAAAGAUCACAAACCCAAAUCGAACCAAAUCAAACAAAACUGAACCGAAUAAAACCGAAAAAUAGUAUGGUUUUUGUUUUGUAAUAAUUCUUCUAACCCGUUCCAAAUCGAACUGAACCGAAACCGGUAAAAACCGAACCGGAAAAUGAUAUGCCCACCCCUAGUACAUUUGAAUUUAUGAUAUUGGUAUUGAAAUAAGGAUCAUAAUUUGACAAAGGUCAUAAAUAGAUUAAAUAUUAUCGUGUUCAUAUUUUAAAAAUCAGUAUGUUUUAUUAAUAUCCAGGUAUAUUAAUGAUCCUAGUUAUUAGGUAUUGAUGUACAUAUUAGGAGGAAAGGUGUCACACUAUACCAACUUUUUAAGAAGUUGGAACUUGGAAUUGCAUCUUCUAUUGUUGUCCUUGUACAUAAUUAAAAAAAAUUGAAGAUUCCUUUCAUAUAUUACUAUGAGGGUGUUUCCAUAUACUUCUUAAAAUUGUUUCCGCUCUUUCAGAGAGCAGAAACAUAUAUGACAAUGUUUCUUUGAAAAUGCAGAAGUACUUAUGGGUGCUUCAAAUUGCUCGUAUAAGCAGUUUUUUAUAAGUUGAGUGAGAACAGUUUCUGAAAAACUGAUUUUGAUCUUGUUUAUGUUUUUACAAAAGAAGCAGAAGCAGAAUUAAUUUCAAACACCCUCUAUAUACUUAUAAAUGUUAUGACAAUAUUGGCAAAUGUGUAUGAUGGAUCUAAAUGUUAAUUCACCUACAUUAUCAGCUAUCAAGGUUAAGAAAUGACGUAUCAAGCAUGGCCAUACUCCUAGAGCAUGGUUUCUAUGACGCCUACGCCGGAGAAGCCAGGGACGGCACCCUAGCAGCAAAAUUCUUCACCGGGGACACCAUCUCCCUGCAUACAAUCUCCUUCUCAACAUGUGACAAUGAAGAUGAUACAAACAUAAUAAUGUGCGAUUUCUCCUAUGCAUGUUUGGCCAUAUUUAAAGACAGGUUCGAUUAUUCAACACAUCUUAAGAGUUCUCAUCACAUGUGAUAUAAACAUUAACAAGCUAUGCUAAGUGGUUUUAGGAAAUUUGAAAUUCCUCAAGUAAGUUUAAAGCAUAUUUCUUCCAUUCUAUACUUCUAAUUUAAGAUUCUUUACGCACUUUGUGAUGGUCAAUCAAGUCAAGCAAACUUUAUUGUACCCUCAAUGUGAUAUAGCUUGUACCUGUGGAGCAAUUAAUCAAUUAAAGUAUUACAAUUGAGGAAUUUAAAUGUAAACAAACGAUUAAGUAGUCAUCACUUGGACCAAUGGAAUGCAUAGUAGGUAUUAUUUGAAAACGAUUAAAACUUAUUAUUAAAAGCUAGCUUGCUUUUAAAAGUGUUAAAAAUUGAGUGCUUAAAUUGCAUCAAAAAAUUCAAAUUGGGAUAGAGGUAGUGAUAUAUUUUCUCUAAUUAACAUGACCAACAUUAUUUUAUUUUCAAAAUAAGACUAAUUCAAUUCUACUUUAUUAAUAUUUAACUAGAUGAGUACUCUUUUUAAGUAAAAACAAGAAUACUCCUAUACUCAUGUUUUAUCCUAUUUAUGGAAACUUAUUUAUUAAAGUGUGGUUAAUUACAUAGGUUCAUAAAAAUGGGCGGCGCCAAAGCAGGGGCUUGCCUCAAGUCCGCUAGGUUAUCCAAGGUUUGCGCGAUGUUUGUUUGGAGGUCUUUGCAGAGCUGCUAUUCUUACAUCCUCAGUGACGAUUAUAGGACUAGUAUUUUGCCUUACCUUGAUGGGUUUUCGAUCGACAUUAAGUAUGAUAUCUUCAGGGUUGUGUUUGUAAGUGAUGAUAAUAGUAGUGCAUUGAACACUCAAUUUUUCCCACCUCGACGUUUGAUGUUACAUAGCAAAUCAAUGGAUAAGGUUGUUCCAGAUUCCAACAAGAUUAGAGACUAUGAUGUAUAAAGUGUAUAUAAUGUUCUGUUGUGGUAAUUAACCAACGGUCUGUGGCCACAACGCUUAACUUGUAUGAGUUUUGCUAAGGAUAAAAAAGUUCUAGAGAUAGUGUGUGCGAGGACUUAGGAAUGCAAGUCCUACCUAGGAAAUGUUAGUUUAAACCAUGAUAAUCUACAUAUAUGAAUCAACAUGCACGCUUAAAAUGGUUAUUAUAUCAUAAUUAUGUUUGUUUG